UGCGAUUUUCCCGUUACAAUUCUAUUGUUGGGUCCGAUGCUUAAACCCAAUCCACAUCGUAUGCUAGUACAUUUUUGUUCUAAUAAGAGGUGUUUUACAGGUGUAUGCUUCGAUCAUGGCGAGGGAUCCUAAAAGAACUUUAUAGAAGGCAUCUCAUGGAGCGCAAACACCACAAGACAUUGUAAACUGUAAAAUCCUCCAAACCCCAUAAGACUCUUUAAACUAUAAACCCUCCUAACCCUCUGUGCUUGUGCGAGUGGGUGAAUUGAGGAUAGCAUGGCUGGCGAGAAACGUGACAGAAGCCCAGCGUCAAGUGCAAGUAGUGAUGAGAGCACAGGUCGUAGCCCUCGCGGCACUUCUACGUCACCAGUUCGAAACUCGUCCGCUCCCCCAAAUUCCAAGCUCUCCAACGAUCCCGCUGAAAAAAGUUCCCUCAAAAGAGGAAAGAGCCUGAGCGUUGAUGUUUGCAGGGAUUUCAGCAAGGGCCGCUGUAAACGGUCGCCUCUCGACUGCAAAUAUGCCCACCCUUCGCCCGCCGUUGCAGUUGAAGAGAAUAAAGUGACUGUAUGUUUUGAUUCUCUCCGUGAUCGUUGUUUACGAGGUAUUACUUGUCGCUAUUAUCAUCCUUCACCGCGGAUUCGGGUGUCACUGCAGGAAGCAGCUGGCAUCCAACCAACAACUGCUCCUUUAGGCUACCGAGUUGAUGCGAUUAGGUCAUCAAAUUUGUUCUUUGGGCCUCCCGGAUUACCACAUCCAUUGCCAGUUUUGUCGCCUCCUCCUUUGAAGACCAUGAACAAGCUUUCAGUUGAGGUCUGUCGGGAUUAUGUACGGGGGCGCUGUUCAAGGGAAGCAGAUGAGUGCCGCUAUGCUCAUCAUGCCCCAACUGCUGGCCAAGGAGACCAUGUAACUGUCUGUGCUGAUUACUUACGUGGAAGGUGUGAGCGGAAUUCUUGUCGAUACUUCCAUGCUCCAGAUCAUUUAAGGUCUCGCAUUAAAGAUGUGCCCAUUGAACCUGCAGCUACAUUCAAUUCUGUCCAAUAUAAUUUGGGCAUGGAUAUUCAGAUGCCUGUUGAAUCUGCAGCUACGUUCAAUUCUGUCCAAUAUAAUAUGGGCAUGGAUAUUCAGAUGCCCGUUGAACCUGCAGCUACGUUUGAUCCUGUCCAAUAUAAUUUGGGCAUGGAUACUCCUUAUGCAUUUCAUCCAAGUGCUUAUGAUGAGCAGGUCUAUUUCAAUUUUGAAUCAUCUGUAAAACGAAUGAAGACCAGAGACAAUGCUGAUGAUUACAUCCCAAGAGGACUGGUUUCUCAGCAAUAUGAGGCCCCAGUUUUUCAAGUUCCAGCAAUUGGUGGUCCACAAUUGGUGCCACCUCCAGUUUUGCGAUUUUCAGAGUCAGCUGAUGAUGAUAGGCUGCCAGUCUGUAGAGAUUAUCAAAAAAGCAAAUGUUCUCGUGAUUCAUCAUGCAAAUAUGCCCAUCCUGAACCACAUACACAGGUAGUUGACAACUAUGUGACUAUUUGCCGUGAUUUUCAACGAGGAAAAUGUAAACGUGAAUCCUGUCGUUUUUAUCAUCAAUUAAAGCAAUAUGGUAGCCAUAGAAAUGGACGUGCAUAGAGUGUAGCUGAUGUACCCUUGAGAAGAUGGCUUUUUACAGCAGGCUGCCGCUGCUGAUUUUGUGCCAAAUGCUUCUGACGCUCAUGUUGGGGCUCAUGAAAAUUGUUAUUGAAAUGCAGCUAUGUUUUUACAAAGCAUUAUCUGUCCUGCUAGCGAGAUAUCAAGCUAUGUUAUUCUGCAGCGGUGCUUGAAUUGCUGCAAGUUGUAUCAUAUACUGUAACAGCCAUUAUGUUGUGUGGAUUGCUGUUUUAGGUGCUAUACAUUACAUGCUUGCAAGCAACAGUAGCAUUACAUUAGCUUCUAUUUGCACCGUUAGCAGAAGUGUUCCACAUCUUAAUUAGUCUGUCUGUUUUCUACCUAGCACUUUCUAAUUUGACAAACUCAAGUCUAUAAGUGUUGGAAGUUGUUUUGAGGUUUGGUUUGUACAAGUAGCAAGAUUGGAAACAGCUAUUUGGAGUUUGCGAUGGAGGUGACCAAAAUUAUCUGGGUUUUUGGUAAGUGUUUCUUGUUCAUACACAUGUUUUAUUUAGAUACUUUUGUCCUUUCUUUAAUUCUCAUUUGUUGGUGUAUGGUUAUUUCAUGGAAGCCCAACUGAUCUCUUUAAGCUUGAGUAAUAACAAGUCUCAAGAUUUAUUAGGCUACUCAAUGCUCUUAUUUCAUGUAUGGUCAUAAUUACUCUACAUACAACUAUCCUCUGUAACUAUUAAAUAGAUUCCUACCCUACCUGUGUUUAUUCACAUAAAAUAUUAUAUGCCAAACACAUUCAAAAAUCAGUUGAAGACAAUGGUAGAUUAUUGGAGAAUAAAUACUCAUAAAUUUCGGUUUGUUGGAUGUAGAUGUCAGUGUUGCUUAAAUUUUUAUAUAUAAUUGAAAAUGUGCUGAAGUGGGAUGCAAUUGUGAUGUUUUAGAAAUGUGUUUGGCAUUCCUACAAUUCUCUAAUAUUGCUUUUGAAUGGCAGAGCUUUCUAUUGGGAAAAAGGUUAUUUUAGAAAGUAUUGUUUGUAUUCUCCAUUGUUGGUUCAUUUUAACAUUUUAAGCCAUUGGAAUGCCUAUGUAACCUGUUAAAAGUACGGUGAGUGGAGACUGCUUUUAUAUUUCACAGCUUACAAGAAAUGAUGCUAUCAAUUAACCAGAAAGAGGCAUCUGAGAUAAUGUCUGAAACAUGCAGAAAAAAUGUCAAUCAAGUUGGUCUAUAAGUGGUGAGAAAAUCAAAGAAAGAUACUUAUGUGGAUUAUGUUCAGUCAAAAUUGUCCAUAGGAAAUUGGAAACCGGAAUAAGUUGGAUUCCCUCUUUAUAUUAUUUGAUGGAUGAUGCUGAAUACAAUGAAAUCUAUCAAUAGGAAAAGUGAAGCUGAACAAAUUUGGAUACUUUCGUUAUGCUGAAGAAAGAGGAGCACAUGGGAAAAAUGAUUGCUCAUCAAUCUGAUUUGAACAAAUGAUAUCUAGUACAGUAUAGAAUGGCAAGAGAAAAAGAUCAGUAACAAGAACAUUCAUUUAUAUGCCAUACAGCCAGCUUAUGACUGCAAAUUGGGUUCAUUUAUAUUGUACAUACCAAUUUAGGAAGGGUCUGAGUUCAAGUUUUCUAUCCUGUUUGGAAGUUGCGAAAAAGAAAAGUGCUGCCAUGCUUGCAGAUUCUUUAGUC